CAACACUCUGAUUCAUCUCAUCUCUUCUCUUUGUGUCUAUUUUGGGCUCAGUCAAUGCCCAGAAGCUAUGAGAAGUAAUGAGAGGAGGACUCUUAUAUUUACUCAACAAUGCCAAUCUACAUUAUAAGCAAAUUUCAUUCUAAAAAGGAACAGUGAACAAGGCAAAUCUCUCCUCUGACAUCACUCAUGUAAUUUUGUCCUGGAAUCUGUUUCUUUCCCCAAAGCCUCUCCACCCACACAACAACAUCUGAAGAUGGCCUCGUCUUCGGCCUCGCUUCCUCCAGAGAUCAACAUCAUCACUCUCAACUGCUGGGGCCUCAAGUUCAAUAUCUCUAAACUCCGCCAACCCCGACUGGACGAGAUAGGACGCCAGCUCGCCCAGACGCACCCACAGCCCAGCAUCGUCUGCCUGCAGGAAGUCUGGGCUCACGAUGACUACCUCGCCAUCCGCCGCCACCUCCGUGCCCUCCUUCCCCACGGUAAAUUCUACUAUGCAGGAGCCUUUGGCGCAGGACUUGCCAUCCUCUCCCGCUGGCCCAUCGAGGAGGCCACCUUCACCCCUUACACCCUCAAUGGCCGACCCACGGCCUUCUGGCGUGGUGACUGGUACGUAGGAAAAGGUAUCGCCCACGCCCGCCUGCGCUUCGGGCCUGACCCAACUACCGACGUCGCCGACGUCUUCAACACCCACACUCACGCGCCCUAUGCCUCGGACCAGGGCGACAGCUACCGUGUCCACCGCGAGGCCCAGGCCUGGCAGCUCGCCAAGCUGCUCCGUGCCGCCGCCGAUCAGGGCCACCUCGUCCUCGCUGCUGGCGAUUUCAACAUGACCCCAUUGUCCGCCGAGCACGCCAUCCUCACCUCCCACAGUCCCGUGCGCGAUGUCUGGCGCGUCCUGCACCCAGACAGCAGUCUCGGCGCCGCGCAUGAUCCUGUCGAGCGUGCCAGGCGCCGUCCUGUUCCCACCGCUGAGGCCACCAUCUUCGCCAACGGCGCCACCUCCAACAGCGUCCUCAACACCUGGCGCUGGCCCCGCUCCGCCCAGAGGAAGCUUGGCCCUGGCCAGCCCCUGCGUGAGCCCGCCCUCGACACUCUCGACCCCCAUGCCAAGCGCCUGGACUACAUUUUCGCUUCCGUCGCUGCGCGUGAGAUUUCGCGCGAGAUAGGCGGCUGGGUGGUUCGUGAGGCCCGCGUGGGCAUGACCCAGCGGCACCCAGAGCUGGGGUGCAGCCUCUCCGACCACUUCUCGGUCGAGGCCACCCUCGUAUUCCACACAACCGCACCCGAGGGCGACGGAGGCCGCGGCGGCGGCGGUGGUGGGACUGCAACCCCAAGCAUCAGCAGCAACUGGCCCCUCCCCCCAGGCCGCCUCUCGAGCCUCAGCGCCUUUCGCCGGUCCACAACUAAGCUGCUUCAGCCGGACCAGGCUACUACCACCACCGCCGCCGCCGCCACUGCCACUGGAACAGGCGAGGGGGAGGAGGCUGGCGUCGACCCAGAAGAUUUCCGCUCCCCCGCCGCAGGCGCCUUUCUCUCGCUACAGUCCCCAACCCCCUCGACCAGCCGGCACUCACUCUCCGCCAACCAGACCCACCAACACCAUCCGCAGGACUACAACGCUCUCCUCUCCGAGAUCCAGGCGUAUAUGUCGCGCGAGACCCUCCAGACGCGGUGGCGGACCUAUCACUUUUUCUUUUGGGUCUGUGUCACGGUGGCGUGCUAUGUUGCCGUGUGGUUCAUUCCAGCGCAUAGCGACACACUGAGCAGUGUCCAGAAUCACGCCGUCAACUUCGCCCUACUGCUCCUGAGUAGUCUUGGGCUGGUCGCUGGCGUGCUUGACGGCUUGAUGGCGCUCUUGUUCUUCAGGGGAAGUGAGAAGCGGGCUCUGGACGAGUUCAGGUGGGAGGUCAAAAAUGCAAAAGCUCUGGCUCUGGGCGAGAUUGGCGAUGGAAUUGGGGACAUCACUGUGGCGAAAUACUAGGUGUAAAAUCACCCACCGCAGCAGCCGUCAUGCUCAUAAUCUGAUAAAGCAAUACCAAGCUGGAAAAACACAUAAUGUUUAAUUCUAGGCUCUAAAACAAAUGCCAGCUACUGAUACUUUCCACU